AUGAAGAAAAUUUGCCCAAAAAGUUUUUAUAUUCAGAUCAAUCAUUUAUUCUGCAAGCCAGAAAAAAAAAUAUUCCAAAUUGUUCAGCAAUUAUUUAAAAAUGGAACUCAGAAUAAAAAAUUCAAAUUUAUCAAUAACUUUUUAAAAAUGGAAGCCAACUUAGGGUUUCUCAAGGCAAUUCCAUAUAUAAUAUUUCAUUGAAUUUAUUUUUAG